AUGAUUGAAGGACAAGAUGGAAUCACUACAAUCAACAAUGUAAAUGAAGAUGAAAUGAGAAUUAGAUUAAUAAAAGAAAUCGAAGCUGAAAGAAUUCAAUUAGAAAAAGAGAUCAAAGAAGAACAACGUAGAUUAGAAAAAGAGUUGGAAGAGGAUAGGUUGAGAGCUUCAUUAUAUUCUGCAACCGAAUUUAACGAUUUCUUAGAAUCUUCAUCUAAAAUCAUUCAACGUGCUUUAUCAGAUGGAUAUGAUUAUUUAAAAGAUUAUUCAAUUAAUUUUGAUAUAUUUAGUGAUGAUCGGGAAGGGAAAAGGGUUAAACAGACUUGCGUUUUCCAUGAUGAAAGAUUACUUAAGAAUCGUAGUGUUACUGAUUUGGAUUGGUCUUCUAAAAAUCAUGAACUUAGUUUAGCUUCUUAUAACAAGAAUCCUAGUGGAAUUAAUGAACCUGAUGGAAUUGUCUGUAUAUGGAAUUUACAUCUGCUUGAUCGACCAGAAUAUACAUUUCAUUCACAAUCCGAUGUACUCUCAGUAACUUUCUCGCCGUUUCAUCCUAACCUGGUGAUAGGUGGUACAUACUCUGGUCAAAUCUUAAUGUGGGAUAUCCGACAACGGAAGCAACUACCCGUUCUAAAGACCCCACUGUCCUCAUCUGGUCAUACACAUCCAGUAUACUCAAUAUCAAUAGUAGGAACCCAAAACUCGCAUAACUUAUUAUCAAUCUCAACAGAUGGAACGAUCUGCUCAUGGGUCUUAGAUAUGUUAGCCCAACCCCAAGAUUUGAUAGAAGUGAUCAAUCCAACCCAUCAUCGUACAGAUGAAAUGAGUCCGACUUGUUUUGGAUUACCUUCAACAGAAUUAAAUACGAUUUGGUUUGGUACGGAAGAAGGUAACCUUUAUGAAGCUAAUCGAUACGAUAGAGCUGGUUUGAAAUCAGGUUUAAAUCAAAAUUUAGUUUAUAAAGGUCAUUCUGGACCGAUUUUGGGAAUCGAUUUUCAUCCUAUGAGUGGACCUGUUGAUUUUAGUGAUUUGUUUUUAACUUGUGGUGUGGAUUGGACUGUGAAACUUUGGCGGCCAAAAGGUAAUAAUAAUACAAAAACAGAAACCGAAAGCACAUCAUCAGUAAACAGAUCAGGACCAAGACAUUCUACUGGAGCCACAAGCGGAUCAAAUAAUCCAUCUAAUACGAUUUCACCUAUUCAUUCAUUUGAAGAAGCGGAUGAUUAUAUUUUUGAUGUUCGAUGGCAUCCUACUCAUCCUGCUGUUUUUGGUACAGUGGAUGGAUCUGGAAAAUUCAAUCUAUGGAAUCUAAAUACAGAUAUUGAAGUUCCUACAGUUUCUACUACUGUUAAUCCUACUCAACCUAAAGGUUUGAAUAAAUUAUCUUGGGAUAAAAGAGAAGGAAAGAAAGUAGCCAUUGGUAGUAGUGAUGGAAAAGUUUACGUAUAUGAUAUUGGAGAUUUAGCAUUACCUAAAGAAAAUGAAUGGGAUCAAAUGAGAAAAACUUUUUCAAAUAUUGUUGGUAACAAUAAUAGUAUUAGUGCACUUGAUGUUCGUUAA